AAAAAAGUUUUUUUUUAUUUUUAAACUGAAACUAAAAGUCAAUAUAAUCGCACUAUCAAUUUCGUUCCUCACAAACAAAAGGGCGGGAAAAGCACACACAGAGACAAGCAGAGAUGGCGCCAUUGAUGCAGAGCACUCAACCUUGGGUCGAAAAAUAUCGACCAAGACGAGUAAAGGAUGUUGCGCAUCAAGAUGAAGUUGUUCGAGUCCUCACCAAUACUCUCGAAACCACUAGUUGUCCACACAUGUUGUUUUAUGGGCCACCCGGAACAGGAAAGACUACAACUGCUUUAGCUAUUGCUCAUCAGCUUUAUGGUCCUGAACUUUACAAGAACAGAGUUCUCGAGCUGAAUGCUAGUGAUGACCGUGGAAUCAAUGUGGUUCGUACUAAAAUCAAGAAUUUUGCUGCAGUUGCUGUUGGUUCUGCUCAUCAAGUGGGUUAUCCCUGCCCACCUUUUAAAAUUAUCAUCCUUGAUGAGGCAGAUUCAAUGACUGAAGAUGCGCAGAAUGCUUUACGUCGUACGAUGGAAACUUACUCAAAAGUUACAAGAUUCUUUUUUAUAUGCAAUUACAUCAGCAGGAUUAUAGAACCUCUUGCUUCUAGAUGUGCCAAGUUUAGGUUUAAGCCACUCUCUGAAGAAAUCAUGAGCACCCGUAUAGAGCAUAUCUGCAAAGAGGAAGGCCUUAAUUUGGACUCAGAGGCUCUCUCAACCUUGAGUUCCAUAUCUCAAGGAGAUCUUCGCCGGGCUAUUACCUUCUUGCAGGGAGCUGCUCGCCUUUAUGGAUCCUCAAUUUCUUCCAAGGACUUGAUUAGUGUUUCUGGGGUCGUCCCACAUGAAGUUGUUCAGGCUCUUCUUGCAGCUUGUCGGCGUGGUUUAUUUGACUCUGCAAACAAAGAAGUCAAUAAUAUUAUUGCAGAGGGGUAUCCAGUCAGUCAGAUUCUUUCUCAGUUAUUUGAUAUUGUUGUUCAAUCUGAUGAUGCAUCCGAUGAACAAAAGGCAAGAAUAUGCAGAAAGUUGGGUGAAUCUGAUAAGUGCCUUGUUGAUGGAGCAGAUGAGUAUUUGCAACUGCUGGAUGUAUGCAGUUCAAUGAUCACGGCAUUUAGUAACGCACCAGAAGGAUAUUCCAAUUAAAUGUUUUCCGUUUGUUCAUCAUGUUUACUUGGACUCUUGGAGUGUACUCUUUUUAAACAGUCGGUAAAAUGGAAUUUUGAUAUUUUGGCUUCUAA